GACUCUGGGAGACGGAGACGAAGUCGCCGUAGUGCCGCCGCUUAGCGGGGGCUAAGAGACUUGAGACUAUGUCGAAGGAGCUGAGCGAUGUCUUCAAGCUGAGCCGUGAUUGGCUGUCUGUGCAGGAAGUGGUCGACUCUGUCAGCAGCCCUUCGUGUGGAGCCAUUUCAGUAUUUAUAGGUACCACCCGCGAGGACGAGGCAGACGGCAGGAAGGUGGUUGGACUGGAGUACGAGGCAUAUGAGCCCAUGGCCCAAUCAGAGUUCAACAAGCUGUGUGCUGACAUCAGAGCGCGCUGGCAAAGCGUGACACACAUCUGCGUCCACCACAGGCUCGGGUGGGUGAAGGUGGGCGAAACCAGUGUUGUCAUGGCGAUCUCAUCUCCUCACCGCCAUGACGGCCAGCAGGCGAUCCAGCACUGCAUCAGCCAGCUGAAGGCUAAUGUCCCCAUUUGGAAGAAGGAAGUUUAUGACACGCAGGAGGUGAACUGGAAGGAGAACACUGAGUGUUCGUGGUCCAAUCAGAAGAAACCGCCAGAAAACACAUUGUCUGACGGAAAACCUAAAUAAAAAAAUGUGAUAAAACACAGAUACUUGUAGUGGGCGGAGCCAUAAUUAUAUGUUUAGACCAUUUGAGUUUAACUCUAAUUCUCUUCAUUUAAAACACAAUAUUUCAAAAAACUAAUGAUCAUGUAAAGCUUAAAAUGUUUUAAAUUUGUAUUUUUGUAUUGACUGAGUCUGACGGUCACAUAGAUUUUUUUUCCCCUAAGAUACUAAAUGUAUGAAUGCUGUAAAAUCUUCCAAAAUGAACUAAAAACCAUCAUCAGAACAUGAAGAAAAAACUGCUGUAAAACUUAGUGUCCAAAAUAUCUGUGUGUGUUUAUCUUGAAGGUAAAGCAUGUCUGUGCUGUCAUUUGGUGUGAUACCAAUUUAUACCACAAGGUGGAGCAGUGAUUAAGGUUAAAUCUGUGUAACCUUGAGUUAACCACGUGAGUUAUUAGAUUAUAUUCGUAUCUAUAGUGGAAGGCUGGGAAAAGUAAAUCUUGGGGAGACGGAGGAUCUGAAGAUGUAAUAAAGGUUUUUUUUAAAAAAGCAGUACGCACACCUGCUGAUAAAAUGCUGCCCUCUGGUGGUAAAAUUUUCGAUCUGAACUUUGCAGUUAAGAUUAAACUGAAAAGCAUCAUCUUCCUCUGGAUGAAGGCAAGCACACAGGUUGAAAGAUUUCUCUGUAGUCCACAGGAGGAGGGUCAGUCUGGUGUAUUGGUGUUCCAGCAGGAAGCAGGGCGUCUGGUUCACGCACAAAAUAUGAACCAAGAAUUCCUGCGAGUGGUGAACGUGAACUAGAGAGAGGACAAAAGGCUGAAAAAUCUGAUAAGAUGUGAACU